AUGGACGAGUUUGAAUUGAAAUGUAGAAGAGUCUUUGAUCUCUUCGACCUGGAUAAGGAUGGUCAGAUAACAAAAAGUGAAAUCAAGAGGGGCUUUAAUAUGUUUAAUAUGUGUCCGACGGAAGAGGAGAUACAACAGACGAUGAAAGCCCUCGAUCUUGAUGAAUCGGGCUCAGUUGAUUUUAAUGAGUUCAAGAUUUUAAUGAGGAAAGUUGACCAGGAAGAAGAGCGCGCGAAAGUUGUUGAAGCAUUUAAGAAAGUUGAUCGGCACCGUAGAGGUUACCUAGAUAAAAAACAAUUCACCGCGGUUCUUAAUUCCGCUUGUAAAUUGGAGGUCGGUGAAAAAUUUAGCAAGGAGGAAAUCGACAUGUUCUUCCAAGCAGUAGAUACAGAUAAAAACGGCAGGAUUGAAUUUGAAGAGUUUGUGAAAGCUUUCGCCGGAGAGGAGGACGUAUUUGAAAAUGUGCGGACUCCAGAAUAUGAACUUAAGGCUUCAGAAGCUGAGAGUCAGCAAAUUACACAGACAAAAGAAUGA